CAUUUAUCUCCUGCAAUAAUCCACUAACCAGAGCCAGCCAGAGGCAUUGCGGAUUCAUGAGUCAACCUCUAUUAAUUACUUUCACCGUUUCGUCCAAGUAAUCUCUUUCUAUAUCUCCAUCUGUUCUAUAUAUAAGCUUUUCUCAAUUUAUCAUUCAUCUGAAAUCGUCCGAUCAUCGAUUACAGGAGGCAAGGGUUGCUGGUGGCUUGUUCUAAUGGAGGUAUUGACGUUUGAUAUGUAAGAAUCUAUAUAUCAAGUUAUUAGUCCAAGCAUAGGGCCUUUUCAAGUUCCUUGAUCCUGUAUUUGGGAACCGUGACGAUAUAUCAUUUUCGUUCAUCUCCUUUUGCAUUUAAAAUGAACAUGAUUAGUGAAGCCUAUGGAGUGAGGGGUAUAACUUGCAGGUGACGUAUCUCGAUGGUUAGAUUUCUCUCUCUUGCCCUUGCUCCUUUUUCUGAUAAUUGCUUUCAACAACUAAUUUCCAUGGAUUAGAUCAGUUUUCUAACUGUUGCUUGUAGUUUAGUACUCAUUAAUAGUAAAAAGUUCUUCGCACUGUUCUUAAAUCGUGUCUUACACUGGUGGGAUGAUGUGGACAAAAUAUUGAAUUGGGUUGUAAAAACGUCUUUUGUAGCUCAGUGACACUUUAACUAUGGAGAAUUUGGGCAAUCACCAGUAUCCUAGCCACAUAUAGGAUACAUAUUUAGUGGAUAGCUAUUUAGUCUCACUAAUAUGAAGAAUCUGAAUCAAAAAUCGUAUUGCAGGAACUUUUUUGAUCUAUCUGGAUGACUGGUGUACAGGUUUGAUUUGAUUUGAUAUCUGGUGUUCCCUUCAAGAAUUAUUAGAUUGACCUACAAAUAAUGCAGUGUCUUAUGCUUCAGCCUUUGAACUGGACAAUAAAAUAUAGGAUAUUGGAUUUUGUCAUUUUUGGCAGAACACUAUGAUUUCUUGCUUUGUGGGAUUUAUUUGACCAUCAAACAUUCUGCUCCAACGACGUGAUGUUCCACUGCAAAUCCACUGCAGUUAAUAACAUUAUAAUUUCUUGCUUUUCUGCUCCAACGACGUGAUGUUCCACUGCAAAUCCACUGCAGUUAAUAACAUUAUAAUUUCUUGCUUUUCUGCUCCAACGACGAGAGGCUCCACUGCGAAUUUCUUGCAAUUAAUUCCAAGGAUGGAUGCUAAUUGUUGAUAAAUGAUUCCAGAUACAUUUUGGUGUUUGGGGAUAUUUUUUGGUGUGAGAGGACUGGCAAAUUUGUUUCCUUGUAUCAUGAUGCCAGACAAGUGUCUUUGGAACACUAAUGUCUUUAAAGCCUUUCUAUUGCCUUUAGAUAUCAUGUUAAUAGCUGUUUUCUCAAUGCAUAUGGGUAACAGUGAAUUGAUGUGUUGAGUUGGAUUCAGCUAUAAAUGUGCUGAUUGGAGAUCUUUAUAUGGUGAUUGUAUGGUGGGGGAAUGUGUGGUUGGCUUGUGGCAACUAUGCUUCUGAUGAUCUAUAUAUAGAGAAACUCAGAAACUGGAUAGAACCUCUUGAAAUGAAUACCUACUUUCUCCGCUUGUCAGCAACAGAUCCUUAUAUUGAGUUCCGUGCUGGUUAAUCAUCUAUUUAGCUGACUUUUUUGAGCUAUUGAUGCUUAUGAUAAAGUUCAUAAGUUGUGAUCUCGAGUGAUGACUGAGAAUAUCUCUAGUAAGAUAGCAAUCAAGAUCAAUGGAGGGUAGUGGAUACAUAACUGCAUCAUAAAAAUAAGUUUAAUUCCUGAUGCUUGUUGGAUGUUACCAAACUUUUAGGGCAUGUGACUUGUUAUAUAGCAUACCAACAUCAGUACAUUAGUUAGAUGGAGAGCGGCCAACAUAGUUUACCGGAGUUCUCACAUUCAAUUAAUCUUUCUGCUGGCAUGUUUUUUCAUGGCUUGAUGGUAGUAGAGGUGAAGACGGAUGCUGUCGUUUUGAUGCAUUCAGAACAUUCUUCUUGACAUUUUAGGGGUAUUCAAGCCUCCAUAUCGGUGGACAAGCUUCUUCUCACAGAGACACUGCAUGACAACUUUAUUAGCUCGAGGGUUCAUUUUGUUUUUCUUGGGUGCUCAAACGUCUCACUGCUAUAUGAGACUGGUGAAAGUUUGUAACUAAUUAUCAUUUUUUGUCAGAAGAUUUGUUCAACUCUUUAAAUGACAUCAUUUCAUCAUUUGGUCAAAAAAAAAAAAAAAAAAUUGCUGCCAUGGAAGACCCUUGAAGUUGUUGUGUAUAGUUUGCACUUUAUUAUCCUUACCAAGGAUUGACUUUUUCCAACUAAUUUAUUGGACUACAAUUUAUUUCUGAAGUAUUUCCUAAUCUUUUGCCAAUUUUUCAUUUUUUUUUUCUUUUUGCAUUGUCAUAGGAGAAUCCUGCUGAAAUUAUCUUUUUGAUUUGCAAUCGGUGAAUAAUUCGGAGCAUGCCAUAGAUUUCAAAAGCAUAGCCUUCUUGUCUCUGUACGUCAUCAAGUAAACAAAACAGUCUAUUAGUUCUGGGCCCACGAUGAUUGUAGUUUCCUGUUGUAAAUGAGAUUAAAGGAGGUUUGCUAGUAUGUGCUCUGUCUAAUAACUCCUAAAUCUUACUACAUUCUAUGUGUGUCAGGAGGAUGGGGUGAAUUUAAGUCUUCUUCUCUGUAGUAAUGCUGUUUCCCUGAAGGUUCUUGUUGCCAUCAUUGCUUAUCUAAAAGGAUAUAUCUUCACUAAAACAUUCUUACUUUUUGGUGUGGCCCUAUACCAUUUCUACGUCACAGAUCAUCGCCAAGGAUCUAUAUUAAGUGACAUGAUUAGUGUGUGUAGUUGUCUCAGGUGUGGGAAUAUUUGCAAAGAUCCAGAAGGCAUGGCUUGCUAUAGGGUGCUUACGGUGCUUCUGGAAAUAAAAGAUUUUAAUUAUCACAAAAGUUCCCCGCGUCAUGCAUUUGAUAUCUUUCUGGACCUAUAUGUCUGGUUAGUCAGAUUUUUUUUUAGGCAUAUGUGAGUGCACGCAUAACUCUACCCUUUUCCUAGAACGGCUGAAGAGUGUGUCAUACACAUGAGUCCACACAAACCAUACUGUUUGCUUAAGGUGAGUAAAAGAAAUUAUUGAAAUAUUUGACAUCUAUAUUCAUCGAUUUAAAGGAUAUAUUCACUGGCUUACAUGGCGGGAGCAGUAUUUAGCCAUAUUGAGAUUAAUACUAUACCGUGAGAAGUUUGAAGUUUAUAAAAGGUUCUUGUUUGCUAGAUAAAUAAAGUUCUGCACUUAGACAGCUAUGGAGAGACACUCAUUUAACACAUCUCAUAUUUUUGAGAGUGAUAAUGAUCAGGGAUGGAAUCAUGCAGAACAAUCUUACAUGCAUAUUGUGAGGGCUGGUGUUUCUGAAACCAGUUCUCUUGUUCGUCCUGUGGAUAAUAUGACAAUACCUGGUGGACAUUUUGCUUCUCAGUGGACUCCUGCUCCGAGUUCGGACGCAUACUCUUCCUCUAUUUAUAAUGCUGAAAUGCUGCAAUAUCCACCACAGGCUCCUGCUUCAUCUCGUGAUCCAUUUAUUCAUCACUCUACUAAUGGGACCUUCCAUAUGCAUCAAGAAAAUUAUUCUCAUCAUGCAUCUUCAUCCAAUCUUGGUGGACAGACAGUCCCUGGGGUAGAUUCUGGCUGUUUUGAUCAGAGAAUGGGCAAUGAAAGAGUAGCAUUUAAGCGAAAAAGCCCUGGAAUCCCUCCUGUGUGUGAGAGAAGUGUUACAGGCAGAUAUUACGAUGUUGGAAGUUCAUCCAAUCUCUCCUUGCCAAGUGACUCAUGGCAGGAGAAGCAGAGUACAGAAUCUCAUCAUAUGCCUUGGGAGUGUCCUCCCUGUUAUAGAGGUAAUAGCCUCUCUAUUGGCACUGAAGGUAUGCCGAGGAAUGUGAGAACUAGACCUUCAGUUGACUUGGAAACCAAUUUGGCCAGGACACGUUUAUCAAGCAAUCCUUUGUAUCCUUCUCUGUCUAAUCAGUCUUCUGAUCAAUCUAGCCAACAAAAUAUCUGGGGACAGAGUUCAAAUGCUCCGACAACGGAAUGGAAUCAUAACCUCGUAGCACCUGCUGGUCAUGGGAUGGUUUUUGCGUCAGUUGCAGGUUCCAGUGUCUUGAGUCAUGAGCCUAACUCUCUAAAUGCAGUAAACAGUCAUCCUGGUGCUCCCCUUGAGAUUGGGGGGUACCAAAACGAUGUUGCCUCAAACAGAAACACUGUUCCUCAAAAUGUACACAGUAACUCAGGUCAAUCUGUUAGAGGGGUUCGAAGCAGUUACGGCCAAAGGUCUGCCUCAACUUUCAGGGAUGGUUCAAGCAACGUCCUCCCUGGACACGUGGCUAUGUCGGAUGAAGGUCCGCAAAUGGUUGCAGAAAGUUAUCACAUGAGACAUCCACGAGCGUUUCCCGCCAUAAGAUUUCGCAACAUUGACAGAAACGGAAGAAAUUUGAUGUCUAGUGACAGACAUCGAUCAUUUACUGGGGAGGCAAGUCUCCAGGAUCGACUGACACCUGAGAUGGUUGUGGACCCCUCUGUAUUUUAUGGAUCCAGAAGUCUGUUCGAUCAACAUAGAGACAUGAGACUUGACAUUGACAAUAUGAGCUAUGAGGAACUCCUUGCACUGGGGGAGAGGAUUGGCAAUGUAAACACAGGCUUGUCUGAUAGUUUAAUUGCGAAGUGUUUGAUGGAGUUGAUGUAUUGUUCGUCGGACCAAUUCCAACAAGGAACUUGCGUUAUCUGUCUGGAAGAAUACAAUAACAUGGAUGAUGUCGGGAGACUGAAAGUAUGCGGGCAUGAUUUUCACGUCGCCUGUAUUCAGAAAUGGUUGUCAAUCAAGAACAUGUGUCCUAUCUGCAAGGGUUCUGCCCUGGAUGACAGUGUGAAGGAGAAAUUAUGUAUUUAAGUUACUCCAUAAUUUACAAUACUUUUUGUAAAUAUGUGGGUUAAAGACAUUCCUCAAAAUGGAGGAAAUGAAUACUGAUAAACAAGACUUUUAAAGGCAAAUGCCAAUUUCAGUUUAUUUUCAUUAGCAUAUCUCUUUAUGCUAUAAUCUUUAUGGUAA